ACAGGAAGCGUGGCCAUGUGUCCAAAGUGGCAGCUCGACCAGCUCGUGGAGCGGUGCAUGAGCGCCAUGCAGGCAGGGACACAGAUGGUGAAGCUCCGCGGCAGCUCCAAAGGCCUCGUCCGCUUCUACUACCUGGAUGAGCACCGCUCCUGUAUCCGCUGGCGGCCCUCGCGCAAGAACGAGAAGGCCAAGAUCUCCAUCGACUCCAUCCAGGAGGUGAGCGAGGGCCGACAGUCAGAGAUCUUCCAGCGCUAUCCCGACGGCAGCUUCGACCCCAACCGCUGCUUCAGCGUCUACUAUGGCGACCACCGUGACUCCCUGGACCUGGUCUCACCCAGUGGGGACGAGGCGCGCACCUGGGUCACCGGUCUUCGCUACCUCAUGGCUGGCAUCAGUGACGAGGACAGCCUUGCCCGCCGGCAGCGCACCAGGGACCAGUGGCUGAAGCAGACGUUCGACGAGGCCGACAAGAACGGAGACGGCAGCCUGAGCAUCGGCGAGGUCCUGCAGCUGCUGCAUAAGCUGAACGUGAACCUGCCACGGCAGCGCGUGAAGCAGAUGUUCAAGGAAGCAGACACAGAUGACCAGCAGGGCACACUGGACUUCGAGGAGUUCUGUGCCUUCUACAAGGCGAUGUCCACCCGCCGGGACCUCUACCUGCUCCUGCUGACCUACAGCAACCACAAGGACCACUUGGAUGCCGCCGACCUGCAGCACUUCCUUGAGGUAGAGCAGAAGAUGACAGGUGUGACGCUUGAGAGCUGUCAGGACAUCAUUGAGCAGUUUGAGCCCUGCCCAGAAAACAAGAGCAAGGGGGUGCUGGGAAUUGACGGCUUCACCAACUACAUGCGAAGCCCAGCUGGUGACAUCUUCAACCCCACGCACCACAGUGUGCACCAGGACAUGAGCCGCCCGCUGAGCCACUACUUCAUCACCUCGUCCCACAACACCUACCUUGUGGGUGACCAGCUCAUGUCCCAGUCCCGCGUGGACAUGUAUGCCUGGGUCCUGCAGGCUGGCUGCCGCUGUGUGGAGGUGGACUGCUGGGAUGGGCCUGAUGGCGAGCCCAUUGUGCACCAUGGCUACACCCUGACCUCCAAGAUCCUCUUCAAAGACGUCAUCGAAACCAUCAACAAAUACGCCUUCAUCAAGAACAAGUACCCAGUGAUCCUGUCCAUUGAGAACCACUGCAGUGUCAUCCAGCAGAAGAAGAUGGCCCAGUACCUGACUGACAUCCUUGGGGACAAGUUGGACCUGUCGUCGGUGAGCGGCGAGGACUUCACCAUGCUUCCCUCUCCAGAGAUGCUUAAGGGCAAGAUCCUGGUGAAGGGGAAGAAGCUCCCGGCCAACAUCAGUGAGGACGCUGAGGAGGGCGAGGUGUCUGAUGAGGACAGCGCCGAUGAGAUUGAUGAUGACUGCAAGCUCCUCAAUGGGGAUGCCUCCACCAACCGGAAACGUGUGGAAAACAUUGCAAAGAGGAAACUGGAUUCCCUCAUCAAGGAGUCCAGGAUCCGAGACUGUGAAGACCCCAACGACUUCUCCGUGUCCACGCUGUCCCCAGCGUGGAAACUUGGGCACAAGAGCAAAGCUGAGGAGGAUGUCGACUCCGGGGAGGACGCUGGAGCCAGCCGGCGGAACAGCCGGCUCCUUAAGAACAGCUUCUCCAAGCGCAAGAAAAAAGGCAGCAAGUUAAAGAAGGUGACCAGUGUGGAGGAGGGGGUGGAGGACCUGGACCCCCAAGGAAGCCAGAACCGAGGGGUGACCCGGCAGAAGAAGACCAUGAAGCUGUCACGGGCCCUGUCGGACCUGGUGAAGUACACCAAGUCUGUGGGAACUCACGAUGUGGAGACCGAGGUGGCAUCCAGCUGGCAGGUGUCGUCCUUCAGCGAGACCAAGGCGCACCAGAUCCUGCAGCAGAAGCCGGCGCAGUACCUGUGCUUCAACCAGCACCAGCUGUCCCGCAUCUACCCCUCAUCCUACCGAGUUGACUCCAGUAACUACAACCCACAGCCCUUCUGGAAUGCCGGCUGCCAGAUGGUUGCCCUGAACUACCAGACGGAGGGGCGCAUGCUGCAGCUGAACCGCGCCAAAUUCAGCGCCAAUGGCAACUGUGGCUACGUGCUCAAGCCCCCGUGCAUGCGCCAGGGUGUCUUCAACCCCAGUUCUGAGGAUCCGCUGCCCGGGCAACUCAAGAAGCAGAUGGUGCUGCGGAUCAUCAGUGGGCAGCAGCUCCCCAAGCCUCGGGACUCAAUGCUGGGGGACCGCGGGGAGAUCAUUGACCCAUUUGUGGAGGUGGAGAUCAUUGGGCUCCCUGUGGACUGCAACAAGGAGCAAACCCGUGUGGUGGAUGACAACGGAUUCAACCCCAUGUGGGAGGAGACUCUGGUGUUCCUGGUGCACAUGCCCGAGAUGGCGCUGGUCCGCUUCCUCGUGUGGGACCAUGACCCCAUCGGGCGGGACUUCAUUGGCCAGAGGACGCUGGCCUUCAGCAGCAUGAUGCCAGGAUAUCGGCAUGUGUACCUGGAGGGCAUGGAGCAGGCCUCCAUCUUUGUCCAUGUGGCCAUCAGCGACGUCAGUGGUAAGGUCAAACAGGCUCUGGGCCUAAAAGGCCUGUUUCUCCGCGGCCCAAAGCCCGGCUCGCUGGACAGUCAUGCUGCUGGGCGGCCGCCGCCCCGGCCCUCCGUUAGCCAGCGGCUCCUGCGGCGCACGGCCAGCGCCCCCACCAAGAGCCACAAGCCAGGCCGAAAGGGCUUCCCAGAGCUGGUUGUCAGCACACAGGACGGGGGCUCCGAGGGGGCAGCUGAGGCAGUGGCGCCCCCCAGCCCCAGCCCCGCCCCAGGAGCCCCACCCCACGAGGGGCCCAGCAGCACCAGCCCCCGAGACGCCCGCCCCCUGUCCAUGCAGAGGUCUGUCUCCUCCCUGUGUGGCCUGGAGACCAUAGCCGAGGAGCCGGCCCCAGGUCCCCCACUGCCGCUGGCCACUCCUGCCAGCACCUCACCGGAAGGGCCCAAGAACUUCACAGGACCUGGCACCAAGGCAGCAGGCCCCCCAGGAGCAGCCCUGGGAGCUUCUGGGCCCUCUCAGCUCAGGACUGGUGGUCACAGGGACACUGAGGUGCCCCCUGACAGCAGGCUGUGGGUGUGCCAUGGUGAGGGCCCUGGGGGGCCGGCUGAGGGGGCCGCUGGCAGCCAGGUGGGCUGCAAGGGUCAGCUCCGGGCUCCGGGCCAGCUACCCCUGGUCAGAAGGGCUAAGAGCGAGGGGCAGGUGCUUGCAGAGCCGCUGGGCAGGCGGUGGCCCCUGGCUGGGCCCUCCCCUACCCCUGCCGUAUACUCGGACGCCACGAGCGGCGACCGGCUGUGGCAGCGUCUGGAGCCCAGCAGCCACUGCGACAGCCUGUCCUCAUCCUCAAGCAUGUCGUCCAGUGACACCGUCAUCGACCUCUCCCUGCCUAGCCUGGGCCUGGGCCGCAGCCGAGAGAGCCUGGCCGGGGCCCCACCCAGCUGCCUGCCCCCUCUGCCCUGCUCCACCUGCCCAGGCCUGCCCCCCGUGACCAAGAGCAAGUCCAACCCCAACUUGCGGGUCGCGGGCCAGCUGCCCUCUGCGCCCGACGAGCUGCGACCCCGGCCCCUGGCCCCGCGGCCGCACAGGUACCCACCCGGUUCCUGCCCCUGGCCACCCUGGGGCCAUCUCUCCCUGGUGGGCCUCCAGGACUGCCCUGCGGCUGCCAAGUCCAAGAGUCUGGGGGACUUGACUGCCGAUGACUUUGCGCCCAGCUUCGAGAGCAGGUCCCGCAGCCCAGGCCGAGGCCUGGGCCCCCAGGGCGAGCCACGGCUGGACUCCCUGACGGAGCAGCUGCGCUGGCUCACAGGCUUCCAGCAGGCAGGAGACAUCACCUCCCCCACCAGCCUGGGCCCAGCCGGGGAGGGCACAGUGGUGGUGGGGGCGCCUGGCUUCCUGCGGCGCUCCUCCUCCCGAAGCCAGAGCCGGGUGCGUGCCAUCGCCAGCCGCGCUCGCCAGGCCCAGGAGCGGCAGCAGCGGCUGCAGGGCCUGGGUGCGCCAGGACCCCCGGAGGAGCGCGGCACCCCUGAAGGUGCCUGCUCCGUGGGUCGCGAGGGCUGCAUGGACGCGCCGGCCCCCACCAAGGGAGCCCCUGGCCAGGCAUUCGGGGCCGCUGCCAGCCCCCUCUUACUCAGACUCUGA